AUGUGCGUAACUGUUGGUUCGAAACAUGUGAAAUAUUGGCAUCUUCCUGCUGGUGAUUCGCAACAAGGCGCCGGUUUACAGUCACGCUCUGCGAUUCUUGCCGAUCGGAGAAGUUCGAUAUUUGUGGAUGUCGUUUUCUUAGACGCGAAUCGAGUUCUGUCAGUUACGGAGGAUGGAGCACUAGUAGAGUUCCUCAAUAAGAAGUACGUGAAAACGUACCGAUUCGACGAUCCCAGUCUACCGUUAUGUUUAUCGGUGACCAAGGAUGCAGUAGUGCUUGGUUGUACAGGCGGUGUGAUUCGUCUUUACGACAAGCAGGACCUAAAAAUGCGUUGUCGUUUACCUCAUCCGGCUUUCAUCGGAAUGGAUCCGGCUGUUGCGAGCACGGCUGAGUCGCUUGAUAUUCAUCCGAAGGAUGUCAGUUAUCCCGAAGUCCGAGCUUUGUGUUCGACGUCAUCGGGUCCUGAGACGUUUAUAGCCGCAUACUCGGAUCGCUCGAUGUUCGUCUUCGAGAGGGACAAUGCCAGAGAUCAGUGGAAGAAGCUCUCCAGCUCACUAGCUCAUGUGGGAGCGGUGACGGUAGUUAAGCGCUAUCCCUCGCAAUUUCCCUACUUACCUAGCGGGUCGUUUAUAACAGGUGGAGUGGAUGGUACAGUUCGGAUAUGGAGUUUGGAGAGGAAGAAAGACAGGGCUUGUUCCUUGCCAUGCACGAACCUUUUGUCUCCAACCCUUAAGAAGAUCAUACACGUCGAGGAUAACUUCUCAUCACUCGUGGAACCACGCGGAGAUGUUGGUCUUAUGCCAAGCGAAAGAGUGGAAACAAUGACCGGAAUUCGAUGUUUGACGGUAUCUCCUGACGGCAAACAUCUCGUGGCUGGCACCAAGAGCGGAAAUAUUCAUAUUAUCGAUCUCACUGAUCCUGAAAUGAACGUGUUAGGAGAGGUCAGUGCACAUGAGCUGGACGUGCAGUGUGUCGAAUUCUCGGACAAUACACGAGGAGCUCCAUAUCUGUUUGCGUCUGGCGGUCGUGAUCGUUUAGUGCACCUGUUUCGACCAAGCGAUGAGGGCUAUCAGCACUUGUUAUGUAGCAGUGGAAUGAGCUUUUUAAUUGUGCUCUUCAAUCAACGGUGGAGGCAGGAGACCAAUGUGGCAGCAAACAAGCUACGAAGUGACGCUUACAAGAGAGAUGGCAGCGAAGCCCGCCGAGAGCUGCCCUUAAUGAAGAACUCUCUUUUUGUUCACUCUUUCCAGGAUGCCAUACAAUUUGUUCGUGAGAAUCUGAUCUCAGCCCAGAUGGGAAUUAACGAUAUGUUGGUGCCAGCAAGUGGUGGAGUGAUACUGGCAUCGUGCCAAGAUCGCCAAUUGCGCUCUUACUCACUUUCCGGGAAGCUGUUGACCGCCGUCAAGGGUACUGGUGGUGAAGCCGAUCUUCAACAAGGCUGGCUAGGAAAGUUCUGCCUCGAUCCGUCGUGCACCUAUGCGGCUAGCGUCUGCUCAGAUCGGCACGUUUAUGUAGUUGAGGUUCGCACAGGAAAGUGUGUUGCGGCGGUGACAGGUAUCGGAGAGUCGGCCACCGAUGUGGAGUUUUCUGAAGAUUGCAGGUAG